UUUGACACUAUCUCUUUGUAUUGAUAAUGAAGCCUCCCUCGGAAAAAGAUAUUCCUAUUGAGGACGUUAUUUCGAUACAUGACCAUGAAGAAUUACGACCUCCUGAUGGUGGUAAACGAGCUUGGCUCAUUGUGGUUGGUUCCUUUUUGGGUUUAUUUGCAAUUUUUGGUAAUACUUAUUCAUUUGGUCUUUUUCUCAAUUACUACAAUAAAGCGGUGUAUCCUGGCAAUAUGAACGUACUAUCUUGGAUUGGAUCUAUUUGUGUGGCUCUCUUUUUUAUCCUAGGACCCAUUAAUAGACAAGUCAUGAAGAAAAUGGGUUACAUGUAUAUGUUAGGUACAGGUACCAUUCUUUGUACAGCCGCUUUGAUUUUGGCUAGCUUUGCAACUCAGGUUUGGCAUGUUUUCUUGUCUCAAGGUGUACUAUUUGGUUUAGGAAGUAGUUUUAUCUGGUUUCCUUGUAUUACUGGACCUGCUCAAUGGUUUUCUGAACGUCGUGGAUUGGCUAUUGGAUGUGCAAUGGCUGGAAGUGGUGUAGGUGGUCUAAUCCUCUCCAAUAUUUGUCAAGCCAUCAUUAAGAAUCCUUCUAUGGGUUAUCGCUGGGCUUUACGUGUAGAUGGCAUCAUUUGUUUUUUCCUGCUUUCUCUGGCAACUCUAUUAGUUCGACCUUUAGGCAAAGAAAAUUACACCAUCAAAACAGAACAACAACAACAAGAACAACAAAAAGGUAUCAUUAGUUGGUAUCUUUUCAAAAAUCCUCAAUUCUGUGUUUUGUUUAUGGUUGGUCUCAUUACUACUUUUGGUUACAUGGCGCCAUCUAAUCUAUUACCUUCACACGCGGAUAGUAUACAAUUGAAUCCUUGGGUAGGCGCCAAUUUAUCAGCUAUUAUGUCUGCCAUCAAUGCAUGCGCUCGAAUUGGUACAGGUUAUAUGGGCGACAAGUUAGGUCGAUUUAAUAGUUUAUGUAUCUGUGCAUUCUUUGCUGGUUUGUCUUGUUUGUUAAUCUGGAUGAAUGUACACAAUGAAGCUACUUUAUGGGCUUUUGCUGUUUUAUAUGGUGUCUUUUCUGGAGGAUACGUCACUUUCUUUCCUACGGUACAACCUCAAGUAGUAGGAUUGGAAAAUAUCAAUCAGGCAGUUGGUUUGCUCUAUUUGACUAAUACUGUUGGUUAUCUAUUUGGUGUGCCUAUUGCUACUGCACUCAUGAACAAGUCAACACCUCCCAAUUAUCAAUAUGCAGCAGCUUGGUCUGGAUCCGUCAUUGUCCUUGGUUCCAUUUUUGCUUUUUGGUUGCGAGUGCAACGUGGUGGAUGGAAAUUAUUCAAAAAAGUAUAGACAUAGAUAUAUUUAUAUUAGUUUUGUUAGACUUAAGUUUCAUUGCAUUUUACAUCAUCAUUCCUAUAUUAUCAUCAUCAUCAUUAUUUUUAUCCAACUGUCCCUUUGUUUUUAAUUAUGUAAUAAACUCAUCACCG